CACUCGGAAACAACAGAAGGAUGUUGCUUCUGUCAGUGCUGGUCCCUCUUCUCGAGCUGCAUUUCUGCGGAAUCAAAGUUCUUCUCUAUCAGACCUUCAACAGACCUUUUACGCUCCCAGGUGCUCAGUAAGUGAAGGCAUCAAAGUGGAUUGCUUACAAAAAGGAACCAAUGGAGGGUAAAAGUUCAGGACCUUCAUGCUCUGGCCCCAAUCUGGUCGCACACCCGCGGGCGAAAAGCAAAGUCUGGAAAUACUUUGGCUUUGACACAGACGCCUAUGGCUGCAUAUUGCACUGGAAACGGAUUUACUGCCGUGUAUGUAUGAGUCAAAUUGCCUACUCUGGAAACACCUCCAAUCUUUCUUACCACCUUGAAAAGAACCACCCUAUAGAGUUCAGCGAGUUUGUGAAGAGCAACACGGAUCAGAUGCGAGAGGCAUUUGCCACAGCGUUCUCCAGGAUAAAGACUGAGCCCUCGGGUCCACACGUUCAGCAGCAAUCGCAGGACACCAACUUAAGGCAGAGCUCGGGCUAUGAAAACAGACGACAAAAUGAUCUGACAACCGCUGUCAUCAACUUCAUCUGUGAGGGGUUGUACCCUGUGUCUGUCGUUGAAGAGCCUACUUUCAAGACGUUAAUGAGUACCGUCGACCCUGGGUACUCUCCACCGAGCAAAGGCGACCUGGCAGUUAAAAUGCUUCCUCAGAUGUACUGCCGUGCCCGGGACAUGGUCUUUAGUGAACUUGCUGGGGUUGUGAACUGUGGCGUUACUACAGAUCUUUGGCAAAGCCAAACCCAGAACAGGUCGUACAUUUCGCUCUCUGUGCAUUCUGUUAAUUACAUCAGUGCUACUGGCUUCUCUAUGACCAACAAGUGUCUUAAAACUUUCGAAGUGCAAGAGGACAACACGGCCGAGAACAUCACAAGAGCGAUGUACGAGGCAUUUGUUGAAUGGGGAAUAACCCAUAAAGUCAGCGGUGCCACCACAAAUGGUUCAGUGGACAUCAUGAAAGCAUGCUCCCUCCUGGAGCUGUCCGUGGAAAUGCCUUGCCUCGGACAUACUGUCAAUCGCGCAAUGGAUGAAGCCUUCCAGCUGCCGCGUGUCGACAGCUUUUUGGGAUGUUGCCGCAAGCUCAUCGAUCAUUUCCAAGAACCGGCAAUGUAUCUGCUAAGGGAUAAACAGAAGCAGCAUGGCCUCCCUCAGUGUGCGCUCAUCACAGACCGAGGUAGAUCUUGGUUGGCCACGUUGGCAAUGUUGCAGCGACUGAAAGAGCAACAGGUUGUUGUAACCGCAACGCUUGUAGAGAGUUCAAGCGCUCAUCAUUUCAGCUUUGAUAGCCCUGACUGGGCCUUGUUGGAGGGCUUGAUUUGCGUUCUCCAGCCUUUUAAAGUUGUGGCAAACAUGAUCACUUCUUGCAGGUACCCGACCAUUAGCAUGGUUAGGCCCGUGCUUCAUAUGCUGCUGAACACCACUCUUAAAGCAAAGGAAGGGGACCUCAAAGAGAUCAGCAUGACCAAAGAGGUCAUCUCAAAGGUCCUGUCAAGCACCUAUUCACAGAACACCCAGCUAUCGCAAGAAAUUUCAACUUUCCUCAACAUUGCGACAUUCUUGGAUCCUCGGUACAAGAAGCUGCCUUUCCUGUCCACUCAGGAACGCUCCAAAAUUGAGAGUAACAUCGUUGACGAGGCAAAAGCGGUCCUUGAGAAGCAGAUUGCCGAGCGACCGUGCCUAGGUGAAUUCUCCUUGAUAUCAGACGAGCCACCUAGCAAAAAGCAGACGCCUCUACGAGAGUCUUCAGUCGGCAGUGCAACCCAAGACAACCCUUUGGCUGCCAUAUUUCGUCAGACCGAUGCAGACCAGAGCCAGGAGGAGCUGCAUGCCCAGGUUGUAGAGGAGCUGAGCAACUACAAAUCACAAAGAGUCCUAGGUCUGAAUGAAGACCCUUUGCUGUGGUGGUCGAGUCAUGCGCCCUUGUUUCCCACCCUCCCCAAGGUGCUCCAGAAGUACUGGUGUGUUCCUGCCACCUGUGUCCCUCCUCACAGGCUGUUAAGUUCCUCUGGGACUGUCCUGUCUGGGAAAAGGAACCGCAUAGCCCCAGCUUUAGUAGAUCAGCAGGUCUUCUUGUAUGAGAACUCGCGGAGCUACUGUGAGCCUGAAGCCUGUGAGGACGAUUUGGACAAUGAGGGAAUCGGUAAUCUGGGACAGCAACUUGAAUGACUGGGCUGAAAAUUGCAAAAAGUCAUAGUAUUUUGUUGACCUUACGCCAUGCAUAAGGUGCAUUAAGAAAUAAAAUCAAGGUGUAUUAGUCGGUCAUUAUUAAUGUUAUGGACCCGUAAUAACUUAACUAGGGCUGGGUAUUGUUUUUAUAGUUUCAUCUGCAUUUGAAUGGUGUCACUCGGUUUAGCACCGGACUUCACAUAAGGUGAUGACGACAUCACAAGCGUAGAGAUAGGCCUGUAACAAUUAUUAAAUAAUUGUCUAACCACAUAAUCACGUUAUUUUGUACAACCAGUUUAAGAAUUAAAGCAUUUUUUUUGGUAAUAGAUUGGUCACACUAUUGUUUGGAUCCACCAUCGCCGGUAUUAUGCUAAGGUAGUUCCACGGGGAUCUGUACAGAACUUGUUUGCUAACUUUUGCUAAGGUCCUAAGGGGUAUACCAUGUUGAUGGUAAUGUUUGAUUUUGUUUAGAUGUGCCAAAUUGUAAAAGUGAUUAUUGCUCGGACUGUUUGGCUAAAACUAUGCUAGCGGCAGCUGUCACUUGUUGCCAUAGCAACUCCAAACAUCCUGGGCUGCUUUUUUUUGUUUAUGAUUAAUGCUUUGUUUUUUGACGGGAAUAAAUGUUCUACUUUUUUGUCCAUUUAAGCAAAAAAUACAAUGUUUUAUGAUAAUAAAGAGGCGUGGUUUACUUUGUAGGCUGUGAACCUGCGUAUCUCAGUCACAUAACAGUGAUAUAUAAUAAAAUAUGUAUCCUGGGAUUCAUUUAAACUUCAAUUUGUUUGAAAAAGUGAGAAAUAAAUAAAUAAAUAAAUGUAUUUCACUAAAAGAGACAAUUAUAUUGGUAAUUACAAUUAUUUCUUAGACCAUUAAUUGUCCAGCAAAAUUUGAAAUUGUUACAGGCCUAUGUACAACGUGAUGAUGUGAAGGAAAGAUGCCUUAGCUUUGUGCUGCAAAAAGAGUGAAUGCUCUAGCUGUUAUGGUUUUUAUUUUAGAUCAAUUUAAAGCGGGUUAUGUCUGUAUACUGUAUCGAUACAAUACCAUAUCAAAACGCCAAGUAUUAAUCUUUUAUUAUAUAAAUUGCACAUGAGAAUUCAACUUUUUGGUACUAGAAUAAAAUCAAUUGCUUUUUAAGUCCACUAGAUGGUGCAGUUAAGUUUGUUUUGU